AUGCAGGCCAUGUUGCUCAAUUUAGUUCUUGCUUCCUUUGUCUUCUUGAGUUCUAUCAAAGAUGGUAAUGCAGGAAUCACUAGCUCUUACAUUCGGUCAGCGUUCCCAGCAGUUGACAUGCCCGUCGAUCAUGAAGUAUUUGCAGUUCCAAAGGGUUAUAACGCACCACAGCAAGUGCACCUCACGCAAGGUGACUAUGAUGGAAAAGCAGUAAUCAUCUCAUGGGUGACACCAGAUGAACCAGGGUCCAGCCAUGUACAAUAUGGCACAUCAAAGAAGAACUAUAAAACUAGUGCGGAAGGCACAGUUGCAAACUACACUUUCUAUAACUACAAGUCUGGCUACAUUCAUCAUUGUCAUGUUGAUGGCCUUGAGUAUAACACAAAAUACUACUACAAAAUUGGAAGUGGUGAUUCUGCUCGAGAAUUUUGGUUCGAAACACCUCCGAAAGUUGGGCCAGAUACUCCCUACAAAUUUGGGAUCAUUGGUGACUUGGGGCAAACGUUUAAUUCUCUUUCGACCCUUGAGCAUUACUUGGAGAGUGGAGGACAGGCUGUGUUGUAUGUCGGAGAUCUUUCUUAUUCUGAUGAGCACGACGCGGAGGAUAAUGGUUUACGUUGGGAUACAUGGGGGCGAUUUGCUGAAAAGAGUGCAGCAUAUCAGCCUUGGAUGUGGAAUGUCGGAAAUCACGAAGUAGAGUUUUUGCCUGAAGUGGGAGAAGUUAUUCCUUUCAAAAACUAUCUUUACCGAUAUACAACUCCUUAUAAGGCCUCCAAUAGCAGCAGCCCCCUCUGGUAUGCAGUCAGGCGUGCCUCUGCUCACAUAAUUGUACUAUCCAGCUAUUCGCCAUUUGUCAAGUACACGCCUCAAUACAUAUGGCUUCAAGAAGAGCUGGCGCGGGUUGAUAGAAAGAAGACACCAUGGCUCUUUGUGAUCAUGCACAAGCCCCUCUACAACAGCAAUGUGGCCCACUUUAUGGAGGGUGAAGCCAUGCGAUCAGUUUUUGAGAGCUGGUUCGUCAAAUACAAAGUUGACGUCAUCUUUGCCGGACAUGUCCAUGCUUAUGAAAGAUCAUACCGAUACUCCAAUAUAGACUACAACGUAACAAGCGGUAGAAGGUACCCUGUACCUGACAAAUCAGCACCUAUUUACAUAACAAUCGGAGAUGGAGGAAAUCUAGAAGGUCUUGCCUCAAGUUACUAUGAUCCACAGCCAGAAUAUUCUGCAUUUAGAGAAGCCAGCUAUGGACACGCGACACUGGAGAUAAAAAAUAGGACCCAUGCUAUCUAUCACUGGUAUCGCAAUGAUGAUGGCAACAAAGUAGCAGCUGACUCUUUAAUACUGCAUAACCAGUAUUGGAAGCAAUCGGGGAUGGAAACAGAAUGAGAGUUACUGAUGAGAAGUUGCCAGCAUUUAGCUAGUAGGAACUUGAAGCACUCUGUAAUUUGGUGUUUCGAAUAUGUAGUUCUAUAUUCUCCGAGUUUGCCAAAUGAAGGUCGUAAGAAAUGGUGCUGUGUACUUGACUUCUAUGCUAGUAUUCCACGACGAUAAUAAAUAUUAAAUAAACUUUCUUUUAGCAGGAGAAAAAAAAAAUUGAGAUCAACAUAUUAAUUAUCUGUUCGUAUCUAUUUGUAAUUUUUUAAGCGUGAAUUAUUAUGCUGCAAUUUGCGUGAUUCAGUUGGUAUUAUUAUGAACAGACA